GUUGUCUACUCAAUCAAAUUCCCCCAUCCUUGUCCAGAUUUAUGUGGUACACAUGAAGUAAACAACGUCAGAGAACUGCAUUGCUCUGAUUGGGUGGCGAGAGUCCCUGAAUCUGUAGAAGUAUUGUCACGUGCUGAUAAGAUAAGAGCUUCACCUCAGUUCGACUUCACUCGAUCCCCUUGUUAUGAUUGCUGGCAUAUAUCGACCUCAAAAUCUCUAUCAUGGCUCACAUAUCAACCCGUAAAUUCAUUAAAUGGGGUGACAACCCCGCAGGCGAAAACACCGACACCCUCGUCCUCACCACAGCCGGCAAACACUUCGUCGACAUCCGGAUCUACCUCCCCACCUCACCAAGCGAGCCCUCCCUCCCCAGCCUCGCACCUCUCCCCCUCUCACGACUAGAAUGGGGCUUCGCAGGCACCGCGUCCCCCACCCCAGCUACAUACUCUUCUGUGCCCGGCCAUGAAAAGGAGAUUGUCAAACCGGCACAUACAGUAUGGACGCAUUGGGUGGAUAACAAGACGACGGAAGAGGUUAGGGAUGAGGGGGAUAUGGUUCCAUCUGGAUCUGGAGACGGAGGGGAGGUGAGUCGAGAGGUCAUGGAGUAUGGCAGGAUGGAGAAUCCUGCGACGGGGAAAGUGGAAGCGUAUGAAGAGUGUUGGGUCGAUUUGGAGAUUGGGAAGGUGGAUGGAGAGGAGGAGUUUAGGAGUUGGGUUCUGAGGGCGGAGGAUGAGGAGGGUGGUGUGAGGGGAGUAAUUGCCCGGGUGGGGGUUUAUAUUCAGGGUGUCUUGAGGAGGGGCGAGGAGUUUAGUGUCGGGAGGUGGAUGUGGGAUUCUGAGAGGGGGUGGCAGCCUGUUGUGGAGGCUGGGAGGGCGCUUGUUCCGAGGGGUAUGUUUUCACAAGAGGAGUUUGUGUUGGGGCAGAAGCUGGUUGGUGGUGAUGGGGUGGAGUGGGCUUGUGUAGAGAGCUUUUCUUGGAAGUGAAUGCAGCCCUUUUCCCAGAGCUAUUU